UGUAACACAACUUAGUAAAAGCUGGAAGUAUUUUUAGACGUGUAUACACCGUGUUAUUGAUAAUAUACGAAUGUGAUACAUUUUAGUACUUUGUGUAGACAUUAUGACUUUCCUGAUGUAAAUGUGGAAUUAUAUUAGAUAGAUAACUGUGGAUUAUAUACGAGUAGAAUGGCCCAGGUAAAAAGUCCGACCAAAGAAGACCGACAAAGGUUGAGUCAACAAAUCCACCAAUGGAAUACCGAUCAUUACGAUAUUUUUGAACUGAGUCAGCCAAAUGAGCUACUGGAGUUUCAUGGUGUAGUCAGAUUUUUCUUUCAAGGUGGUGGAGCUAACGUUUCAACAAAAUGUAUCCGUGUUUCGAGUACCGCUACAACAAGGGAAGUAAUCGAUGUUCUCAUAGAAAAGUUUCGUCCCGAUAUGAGAAUGUUGACACAGAGUCGUUAUGCUCUAUACGAAGUUCACGUCAAUGGAGAGGAGCGAAGAUUAUUGCCUGAAGAAAAACCCCUAUUUGUUCAACUUAACUGGGGUAAAGAUGUUCGAGAGGGAAGAUUUCUGUUAAAAAAUGAAGAUGAACCAACAAUAAGGCAAGGACAAGAGAUAGAAAGAGCACCACAAGGAUUUAAAAGAAAUUUAUCAAAGAGAGAGAAGAAGGAAUUAAAGAAGAAAAGAGAGAAAGAGAAGAAGGAUGAAAAAACUGGUGUUGCUGAGAAAUUGUAUCAUGAUUUACCAGAGAAUAGUUUUACUAGGAGUAUAUCAAACCCUGAAGCUGUGAUGAGACGAAGAAGACAACAGAAAUUAGAGAAGAAAAUGGAACAAAUGAGAGCUGAAGAAGGAAGAUCUGAUGCCACUACAUUAAUUUCUAUUCUAGGUGGAACAUUAAAGAUAUAUGGUGAAUCUGUGAGACCUGAUGUACCUUAUAAAACAUUACUAUUAUCAACUGGUGAUACAUGUAAAAUGGUGGUUAAAGAAGCUUUAGAGAAAUAUAGUUUACCUAAUGAAGAUCCUGAAAUAUACUGUUUGUUCCAGGUUGAAUAUCAUGGUGGUACUGUAGGAGAAGAGAGGUUACUAGAAGAUACUGAAUGUCCUCUAGCUAUAGUCAUGCAACAUCCUAAAAAUAAAGGUCAUAUAAUAUUCCAACUACGUAGAAAACCAACAAAUAUGAAAAAGAAACAAAAGAGAGCAGUGUCACAUGAUGAUUUAAGAUCACACAGUAAUAGGGAACCCAAUGUUAUGAUACCCACAGAUAGACUACCCUAUUUACAAGAACUCAACUCUAGAGGUAUGACAUAUCAAACUUACCUCUUUUAUGGACGAGGUAAAAGACAUCAUCUACCAUUAAAUGUUACAGAAAUAGGAAGUGAGAGGUCGUUAUCUAAUAGUAACCAAUACCUACAGCUGGUAUCCAAUGAUAUUCAACCAAGACAUUGUGUAGUAGCUCAUACAGAAGGUAUAGUAACAGUGACCCCCACAAGCCGAGAUGCCGAGACCUAUGUUGAAAAUCAGAGAAUAUUUGAAACGACUAUGUUAAAACAUGGUAUGAUUGUACAGUUUGGUAAACAUCAUGUGUAUAGAUUUUAUGAUCCAAGAUUUGAUGAGGUGGAUGUUAAUAGUCGAGCUGUUCAGUUUAAAUUGGCCUCUACCUAUGCGUUAUACAUGGCCAUGAGACAUUUACUGAGCCAGAAAUUUCAACGUCCUCAACGAACUACAGAAUUUGUCAAGAAAAUUUCUAAGCUAGUUCAGAGAUCUAUACAGGACCAGCAUAAUGAUCCUACAGCUCUAGCCUUCUGGAUGGCUAAUGCCUCAGAAAUACUACAUUUCUUUAAAAUGGACCAUGAUACAAGUCAUUAUAGUCCAGAAGCUCAUGAGAUGCUAGCUGAAGCUGUACAGAUGGCCUUCCAUCAUCUAGUACGUUGUCUACAAGGUGAUUUACAGAAAGUUAUGACAGCAUUUUUAAAUCCCAGUGAUUCAGUUGAAGAUGAAGGAGAUGUAAUAACAACAUUAUCAGCUGCUAUGACAUUAUUAAGGAGAUGUAGGGUGAAUGCUGCUUUAACUAUACAGUUAUUUUCCCAGCUAUUCCACUUUAUUAAUAUGUGGCUGUUUAACAUGAUAGUAUCAGAGCCCCAGUUACAGAUGUGUACAGCUAAAUGGGGUAACAGAUUAAAGAGAAGAUUGGGCAGGAUUGAAGCCUGGGCUGAAAAACAAGGACUAGAACUAGCUGCUGAUUGUCAUCUUUGUCGCAUAAUUCAAGCUGCUCAUCUACUACAAGCUCCUAAAAUGACAGCAGAUGAUAUUACUAAUAUUAGUUCUACAUGUUUUAAAUUGAACUCAGUUCAACUGCGGUGUUUACUAUCUCAGUAUAUACCUGAACCUAACGAACCACCCAUAUCACCAAACUUUAUCAAGAAAUUAGUAGAGAUAGCAGAGAGUAUGGCUGAUCUGUCCACAAAAUCAGAAGGUCGAGAUGUUAUGUUAGAAGAAGACCAGGAUCUCCAUCUACCAUUUUUAUUACCAGAAGAUGGGUACUCGUGUGAUAAUAUUCGUGGUAUACCUAAUGGGUUACAGGAGUUUAUUAAACCUCUGUCUAAUUCAGGUAUAUGUCACAUGAUACCUAAUAAUAAUUCUAGUGGUAGUUGGACUGUUUAUAUGGGAGAACCUAGAUCACUCUCGAGCACACCUCCUAAGAGCCAAGGUAUGCCAUCACCAGGGGCUCAAGUUCCUGGUCAGAAUUUACCAAGAGAACCAGAAGUACAGACUGUUUCCUUUAAAAAAGUUGAUAGAAGUAUGGGCUUGAGUAUAGUAGCUGCUGUGGGUGAAAAUCAAAGAGAAAGAGGAAUUUAUGUUAAAUCAGUAGUACCUAAUGGUGCUGCAGCUUUGGAUGGAAGAUUACAGACUGGUGAUCAGUUAUUAGAAGUUGAUGGUCGUAGUUUAGUUGGUGUAUCUCAAGAUACUGCUGCUCUAUUGAUGAGAGAAACUGGUGAUAGAGUAACAUUGAAAGUAGCUAAACAAGGUGCUAUAUAUCAUGGUCUAGCUACAUUCUUAAGUCAAGCUUCACCAACUCUGGGCAGAGGUAAGGUUUUAAAACAAUAUAUGAUAAUGGUUGAAUCAUUGGACAGUCACCUAAUGUAUCCUUGA